CCAGUUGGUGCAUGAUGGCUGCCGCUAUGCGAUGCGUCCUCGUGAGUUUUCGACUGGUUAAAAAUUCUGGUACUCCAAGCGUCUUGAGUCAGAGAUUAUGCAGCCAGACUCCAGUGUCCGUGGCAGGGGAAGUGCCACUUCCAGCAGCUGACGGCGCAGGACACACUACCCCAUCGAGGCCGCCAUUGCCGCUUGUGAUAAAGCGAGAGCUUGCCUACCCAUCCAAGUUCGUACCAAACAGGGAGGCAUGGGUUGAAAACUUGGACACCAUAGAAUCAGAGAAGCUGGGCCUGAUUCCACUUCACCCAAAAGUCUUUGGAGUAUUUCCCAGGAUUGACACACUGCACUGGAACAUACAUUGGCAGCACUACUACCAGAAAGUGGACUGGACAACAACCGAGUCGCGUGCUGAACGCAGAGGCGGUGGCCGAAAGCCAUGGCCACAGAAGGGCACUGGCCGGGCACGGCACGGCAGUAUCCGCUCACCCUUGUGGAAAGGAGGUGGCAUAGCUCAUGGACCUCGUGGACCUAGGACGUUCUACUUCAUGCUGCCAUUUUUCCGGCGUGUCCAAGGUCUCACCACUGCACUUUCUGUCAAGUUUGCGCAGGAUGACCUGAAGGUAGUUGACAGCCUGGAUGUCCCCACCAAUGACUCCAAGUAUCUGUUGAAGCUUGUGGACGAAAGGCUCUGGGGUCCUUCAGUGCUAUUCGUGGACAACACGGAUUACGUCUCAGAAAACAUAGCUCUGAUUUGCGAUGAAGUGAAGCACUUCAACAUAAUGCCUGUUUAUGCACUACCACGACAGGCACUGCCACCAUUGGGGUCACGUGCAUCCAUGCCGACCAGUCAAGUUCAAAAUAUCCGGCAAGGCCAAUUUCAGGACCAAAAUAUUGUUUUGGCUCACAGAAACGUAUUGUCAUUGGCUGGGACCUUUGCUCAGGAUCAAAUUAACCCAAAAAUUAAAUUCACAGACACCUACGCUUUAUUCUAAAUGUCUUCAGUAGCACGUAAACUUCUUUGAAGGAUACUGCAUUAGAUAACAUAUUGAUCAUGGACAUGGGGGACCUCGGUGCAAGAAUCAUUUAUGGCCUCAGUGUACUAGUGCAUAAGUAGUUUUAGUGGCAUGUUGUUUUUCAUAAGUAGAACAACUUUGACAACAUUUGGGUUGCACAGCGAUGGUGUGGCAUUGAAAUAUGUUGCAUGUCUGAGAUGGGCUUUCACGAAUGUUUUUUUCUUUUCUUUUCUUGCAUGUAGAUAUAAUAGUUUCUUUAAGGUUUUGCAGCCACAUGGUAGCCUACAGCUGAGCUAGUUCAUCUCUACACUUGCUGUCAGUAGCCUACACUUCUUGCUGCCUCUUGCAAGUUCAUGCAACAAAGACUAUUUCAAUGAUGCACGUAAAUCCUCUUGCAUUUUAAUGUUAUGCUUGAUCACUCAUGGAAGCUUUGCUAAAUGGCGCAGCUUUGCGUAUCAACAUUAUAAAGCUAUGCUCAGGCUCUUUUGAAGCAGCGGACUACAGAACAAAUGACUUGUUGCACAUUCUGCAUGUUCUACAUGCAGCAUGCCACUACUAGUUGAUUUUAGCUGCUGAGCUAGCUGUCUCUCAGCUUUGCACAUUAGCUUUAGCUGCAUCUCCAAGCACAUAAAAAAAGAAAUUACUAAAGUAGAUCAGCAAGUGAUGCUUUGGCAAAGUAACUGAAUGUUGCCAGAAACUAAACAUCUCAUCCAUACAGGAGGCACUAUAGCAUGCAUUCAAUAGAUAGAUACACUUGCAUUAUGAAUUCACCCCUGACCUAGCAUUCAGAAAAAUAUGGUGCAUUUGUUAUGCAAGCAAAUGUGGUAUCUCCACUAAAAAUACCCGUGGCAAAGUCUAAGCACUUUGAGACUUUCGUCAUCUGUGACUGGCAGCGCAAAAAAAGAGAAAAUUUCAUCAGUUCACCGACUUUUUCUGUUUUGGCCUCCAUUGCCAAGCCCAGCCUACUAAGGAUUGGUCACCAUUGCUUAGUUUUUAUACACCAGCUAGCUGGUUGCAGCUGUUGAUUGACAGCGGCAGCUCAGCUCUUGUCAUGCUUUCUCUGAAGUUUAACUGUCUGUAAAACAGAUGCUGCAUUGCUCUUGUUGCAAUUAUUUUACAUUCUUGUACUAUUGGGUGAAUUCUUGUUAUUC